AUGCCACAUCGACAAUUGAUCCCCAUUGAGAGAUCCGAGCCAGUGUCAGUGACUCCCUCUCUUCCUCCACCAACUCUCCUUCCAUCCACCACUCUUCCACCAAUCACCGUCACUUUCCCAUCAUUCGUCUAUCGACCAAAAGCGAAAGAAAUUGGACGAGAUCCAUACUUUGAUAAUAUUUUGCAAGAAGUUGAGGAGUACGACGAUUUCUUGGAUCAAGAAGCUCAGUACCGUGAGAGUUAUCCAUACGCCAGAUUACCGUUGAAUCCCUAUCUCCAGCUUCAUCCUGGACAACUCUUGCCACCACUUUUCCAGAGAGGAGUCACCAUUGAUAACAGUGGAUAUAUAAAACCAUUGGAGAACCACGAAGUGAUUGGAACGUUUGAUGGCAAAGCUCGGUCCGAACUCCCAGCUCAACAAGUCCAACAAGUCCAACAAGCUCAACAACCUCAACAACCUGCCCAACAAUAUCAACAACAAACGAAUCAGAAUCCUCUCUAUCCACAGCAGCAAUAUGGAGUCUCCAAUCGAUCACAAAUCCUUCGA